GAGUUGAAUCAGCAUGUAGCUGACACUCUCCGUAGAAAGAAACACAUCUGGUGUAAAAAAAAAGAUGGGAAAAGCAACAGCAGUGACGCUGCUUCUUCUGCUCUCAUGCAUCGGCGGGACUUUUGGGCAGUCCUGUGAGGUCAAAUGCGGGCAAAUGUCCGACUCGUGCUCCUGUCACCCAACGUGCACCUCUCUGGGGAGCUGCUGCGCGGACUAUAAGGAAUUCUGCGUGGAAACAUUCCCGCACUCUGGCUCCAUUUUGGGUGGGGUGGAUUUACUUGUCCUUAAUGCGAAGUUUGACAAAGGAUCCCCACUUGUGUGCAGGUUCAAUGGUGACACCGACACUGUGGGCUACGUGGAUGACAGCGGGCGGGGUCACUGCAUCGCCCCGCUCUUGUACCAAACUGGAUGGGUUAGCUUGCACGUCUCCUCCGAUAACGGCACGGCGUUCAGUCGAGCUGGAGCCUGGCUGUCAGUGCACACGGGCAAGUUAGACGCCAAAUUCAAGGCCACGCUGGUCAACUCAACAAAGUGGCAGUACUAUGGCACGCCUCAUGUUGGGGGCUCCCUGGAGAUGGCGUGGGACACGUCACUGGUCCGAGCAGACCGAGUCAACAUUGAGCUGUGGGGUUAUAGAGAGACAGGGAAGCCCUAUUCAGAGGAGUGGCAGGCAGAAUGGAAGUAUCUGUACUCUCUUGCCAAAGAUCAACCCAACAAUGGCGCCUUCAGCUUCGUGCCACAGCCAGCUCUUCUCUUCUCCAGCUGGGAGCUCGGUGCAGUCCGCGUCAGCUCCAGCGUCCACUCUGACGGCAUUUGGAAUGUGCAAGCUGCAUGGACCGAGGACCACGCCCUGGCCUGGCAUCUGGAGGAAAGGUUCAGGGAGGACUCUCAGGCCUGGGCCCUGGAAAAAUGUUUGGCGUGGGACAAGCUGGAAAACGAGCUGCCAAACUUCCUCAACGAGAUCAUCGACUGCCCCUGCACGCUGGCUCAGGCCCGAGCCGACACAGGAAGGUUCCAUACUGAUUACGGCUGCGAUAUAGAGAAAGGAAGUGUGUGCACUUACCACCCGGGUAGUGUUCACUGCGUGAGAGCCAUACAAGCCAGUCCCAAGUAUGCAGCCGGGCAGCAGUGUUGCUACGACAGCAGUGGCGCUCAGGUGCUGACGGCAGACUCCAUCGGCGGCAGCACGCCAGACCGAGCCCACGAUUGGGGUUCGCCUCCUUACAGGAAGCCCCCAAAGGUCCCUGGACAGUCCCACUGGGUCUACGACGUCCUCAGCUUCUACUACUGCUGCCUGUGGUCCGACAACUGCCACUAUUACUUCAAACACCGGCCCUCCAGCGACUGUCGGCGCUACCAACCUCCCAACUCUGGUAUUUAUUUCACUAUCAUCCACUCGCUGUGUCAGAUCAACACUAACCACGAGAUGCGUCUCAUAGCCGUGGUGUUUGGAGAUCCACACUUCAUAACUUUCGACGGAUUGCGCUACUCCUUCAAUGGCAAAGGCGAGUACAGAUUGUUGACGUCGGCCGGGAAAGGACUGGCAGUCCAAGGCAGAACAGAGCCGGUCAACGGGACGGCCAUCAACGCGACAAAACUGUCGUCCGUCGCCAUGAAAGAGGCGUCCUCCGAUGUCAUCGAGGUGCGACUGUCACCUGGUCACAGUCGCCUCCAGGUGCUGCAAAAUCAGAAAAGUCUUUCGUUCAACGAGCAGAGCUGGAUGGACCUCAAUGGGGUGUUUGUGUUUUCUCCUGUGGCUACAAACGUGACCGUCAUGUUCCCCAGCGGCGCCGGCGUGGAGGUGCGGCUCAGAGAGGGAACUCUCGCCGCUUCCGUGCUCCUGCCCGAAGAAUUCCGAAACUCCACGGAGGGAUUGUUGGGAAACAUGAACGGCGACGCCACGGACGACCUCGUUGUCGACAACGGUCAGCUGCUGGCAAACUACAAUGACCCACAAGAGGUGUUUGACUUCGGGGCCAGCUGGGCUGUGUCCAACACAUCCGCCUUGUUUACGUAUGACUCCAAGUACCUUUUGGACACCUAUUACCAUUCCCCCAGGCACGACCACCAUUUUGUUCCUGUGUUUGUCGUCCCCGAGCGUCCCGACGAUCCUCUCUACAACGUGGCCUCUGACAUUUGCUCUGGAGAUGGUUCUCAGUUCUGUCGGUAUGACAUUCUGGUUGGUCGUGAUCCAAAAAUGGGAAAUGCCUCCAAAACAUCUUUCCUGAGUCACAUUUCUCUGGUGGAGGACUUAAAGCCAGUUAUUUCUUGCGGCUGGCUCGCACCGCCACUUAACGGCAGAAAGGAAGGCACUACCUAUUUGCGAGGGGCUAAAGUGCGGCUUUCCUGCGAUGACGGCUACACGCUGGAAGGAUCGUCCGAGCGCACCUGCCGGGGGGACGGACGUUGGUCGGGAGGGGACACCAGCUGCACACCAUCAAGUAAUAUUGCCGGCAUUGUCGCUGGUUCAGUCAUUGGUGCCUUGACACUGAUUGUAAUCAUAACAACACUCGUCCUCCACUCCCGGAAAAAGAAAAGGAGACAGUCAAUAGACACAUUUACAAAUGCUGACCUCUAACCAGGAUUUUCUCUCCGUGCUAUCAACUAUGUCAACAAUAUUUGCUAAAACUCAUAUUACAGCUUCCCUGCAGUAUUAACACUCCAGUUUUGUCAAUGCCACAUUAAAAAAAUGGCCCUUGUGGAUUACAAUUCACUAUUACAGAUUACACUUAUUUUAUCAGUAUAUCGUCCUCAAACAGAUAUGAAAAGUAAUAGCAUGUUAUAUAAAUUUAAAGGGGAACUGCACUUUUUUGGGGAAUGCUGCCUAUCGUUCACAAUCAUUAUUAAGGACAUGACGACGGAUGGAUUUUAUUUUUAUGCGUUCUAACUUUUAAAUAAAUGUAAAUAAAAGUCUUCUUACAAUAGAGACAAUGGGAUGUCCUGUCUUCCGCCCAUAAAACCCAAAUAAAUGAGUCAAUAAAAAUUGUCUCUUAAAGAAAAACUGCACUUUUGGGGGAAUUUUGCCUAUCGUUCACAAUCAUUAUGAAAGACAUGACGGAUGAUUUUUUUUUUUAAUGCAUUCUAACUCGUAAAUAAAAGUUGGCUUACAGUGGAGCCAAUUAACUCCUCUAUUUUGUCCACGAAAUCCAAUAAAUACCCAUCCAAAAACCACCAACAAUACCCCAUUUACCGUAUUUUUCGGACUAUAAGUCGCAGUUUUUUUCAUAGUUUGGCCGGGGGUGCGACUUAUACUCAGGAGCGACUUAUGUGUGAAAUUAUUAACACAUUACCCUAAAAUAUCAAAUAAUAUUAUUUAGCUCAUUCACAUAAGAGACUAGACGUAUAAGAUUUAAUUAGAUUUAGCGACUAGGAGUGAGAGAUUGUUUGGUAAACGUAUAGCAUGUUCUAUAUGUUAUAGUUAUUUGAAUGACUCUUACCAUAAUAUGUUACGUUAACAUACCAGUUGGUUAUUUAUGCCUCAUAUAACGUACACUUAUUCAGCCUGUUGUUCACUAUUCUUUAUUUAUUUUAAAUUGCCUUUCAAAUGUCUAUUCUUGGUGUUGGCUUUUAUCAAAUACAUUUCCCCCAAAAAUGCGACUUAUACUUCAGUGCGACUUAUAUAUGUUUUUUUCCUUCUUUAUUAUGCAUUUUCGGCCGGUGCGACUUAAACUCCGAAAAAUACAGUACAUUUCGUUACUUGAAUAUUAACCACGUAUUAGUGAUAUUGUUAUUAUAAGCGCUAAUGCAGACCAACUAUUUAUAGCGGCAAUGUGAUCACCAGUUUAUGCUGCUAUGUUUACAACAUCGAAU